AUGAUGGACAAAAACACAGAUGACUCUUGUAAUUGUCAAAUGAAAGAAAUUAAUAAUUUAUGCGCUCAUAAUCUGGUGUUUCUCAUAAGCGUCAGUUUUUCUGACAAAUCAAAGCCUGGAAACAGUUCAUCACCUAACACAAUAGUUAUGAUAAUGGAUAAUGAUGACGUUUCUAUGGAAGUCCAAGUACCACAAGCUGAAUUCAUCACUACAGAUGAAUAA